AUGGCGCCUGCUGCCGUUGAAGCCGACAUUCCUGUCCAUUCCAAGAGUCAGAGCCGUGAGCCGUUGAAGCUCUCGGGCGCUCUCAAGGAUUAUGAGCACUUUGAUGUGACUCCCGCCAUUGGACGCGAGUUUCCCAAGGCGAACUUGGUUGAAUGGCUUGAAGACCCUAAUUCGGAUGAGUUGAUCCGUGAUCUAGCCAUCACGAUCUCUCAACGCGGCGUCGUCUUCUUCCGCGCUCAAAAUAAUCUCACAAAUGAUCUUCAGAAGAAGCUUAUCCUCCGUCUUGGAGAGUUGACGGGUCGCCCGGCUAGUUCGACGCUACACAUCCAUCCGCUGCUCAAUUCGGAGCGUGAGCUUGGUGGCGAUGACCUUGAGGUCAGCAUAAUCAGCUCUAAGCAGCAUGCUAAGUUUUACCGCAAGACGCAAGACAACGGUGUCGUCGUCACGAAGCGGAACAAUGAAAUUUGGCACUCCGAUAUUGCAUUUGAGCCUGCUCCUGCUGAUUACACGAGCUUGAGGCUCGUUGAGCUGCCCAAGACUGGCGGCGAUACGCUCUGGGCUUCUGGCUACGACGUCUACGACCACCUCAGCCCGGCGUAUCAAAAGUUCCUCGAGGGACUAACGGCGACCUUUGAGCAGCCCAACUUUGCCAAGGUCGCCGAGCGCUCCGGCUUCGAACUGUACGACAAACCACGCGGAUCUCCUGACAACGUCGGCCGCGAACUCCGUGCAAUCCACCCCGUCGUACGAACAAACCCCGUAACAGGCUGGAAGAGUGUCUUUCCCAUCGGCGCACACGUGGGCCACAUCAACGACGUGACAGCCGAAGAGAGCGAAAACCUCCUCAAGUGGUUUUAUGAUCUUGUGGCAAAGGACCACUCGAUUCAGGUGCGGCUGCGGUGGGAGAACCCGAAUGACAUUGCGAUUUGGGAUAACAGGAGUGUUUUUCACUCUGCGACUUUUGACUAUGAUGGGUUGGGUGAUCGGUUUGGGAAUAGGGUUGUGGGAGUUGGGGAGAGGCCUUAUUUUGAUCCGAAGAGUGCUUCGAAGAGGGAGACUUUGCAGGCGGAGGCGAAUUAA